UCGGCGGCCCGAGCGGCUGCAGCUGCAGCGGCGGGGGAGGCUGCAGCGGGGCCCGGGAGGGGGACUGCGCGGGGGGCCGGCGCGUAGCCGGGACCAUGGAGGGGCAGAGUGGCCGCUGCAAGAUCGUGGUGGUGGGGGACGCGGAGUGCGGCAAGACAGCGCUGCUGCAGGUGUUCGCCAAGGACGCCUACCCUGGGAGUUACGUCCCUACCGUGUUUGAGAACUACACCGCGAGCUUUGAGAUAGACAAGCGCCGCAUUGAGCUCAACAUGUGGGACACUUCAGGUUCCUCUUACUAUGAUAACGUCAGGCCCCUGGCUUAUCCUGAUUCAGACGCUGUGCUCAUCUGCUUUGAUAUUAGUCGACCAGAAACACUGGACAGUGUCCUCAAGAAGUGGCAAGGGGAGACUCAGGAGUUUUGCCCCAAUGCCAAGGUUGUGCUGGUUGGCUGUAAACUGGACAUGCGGACUGACCUGGCCACCCUGAGGGAGCUGUCCAAGCAGAGGCUUAUCCCUGUUACUCAUGAGCAGGGCACUGUGCUGGCCAAGCAGGUGGGGGCUGUGUCCUAUGUGGAGUGCUCUUCCCGGUCCUCUGAGCGCAGCGUCAGGGAUGUUUUCCAUGUGGCCACAGUGGCCUCCCUUGGCCGCGGCCAUAGGCAGCUUCGCCGUACUGACUCACGCCGGGGACUGCAGCGAUCUGCUCAGCUGGCAGGACGGUCAGACCGGGGGAACGGGACCGAAGGCGAGAUACACAAAGAUCGAGCCAAGAGCUGCAACCUCAUGGCCCAGCCUUGAGAGGAAAGGAACUCCCCACCCACUCCUGGCUCAUCAGACACCCCUUUCCCUCCUCUCCUACAGGACCCUGUCCUGGUCCAUCUCAGCCUAUCUCCUCAAGGAUUCUGGAUCAGCUUCAAAGGCAUGGGGGCACCCCAUGCUCUCAAACUAAAAUCUGUUUAGAGGCUGACUUGGAGGCCCUCCUAAAGGACCCUAAGUCUUGGAUUGAGGAUGCUGGAAAGCGCUGGGCCUCCCGGGCCCAUCUCUCAGGCUGGUCCCAGAGGACUGACCCUUCCCCCGACAGGGACCUGCCAUACCCUUAACUUGGGCUUUGGGGCCUUGUGGCUUCUCUUUUCCACUUUGGACUUUGGUACAAAGCAGGCUCAAGACUGUAGCCGCCAAAUUGCAGUGUUUGUGCCCCUCUCUACUCCCAACCUCCCUCUCCUGCCACGCUCAGGGAAUGCAAACACAUUUCAAUAUCCGCCUAAAGCAAACAUAAUUAGGAAGAUAAAUCAGCUGGAGGAGCCCCCAAAGUUGAAUACAUUUCCAAUACCACUGACACCAGAUUUUGGUCCCCUCUGAAGGUCCUGGUUGUCAGAGGUUUUCUUUCCGGGGAGGGGGCUGUGCCUCUGGGCUGAGGAGCCCAAUAGUUGGGAGGAGGGAAGGGGGCUGUUCUAUGAUCCUCAAAGGCCUGGAGGGAGGGGGCUUAACCCCCACCCCCACCCUAGAUGCAGGAGUCAGACUUAGCUUCCUCCUCUGCAGCUGUUUCCCCCACAAAUUAGACACCCGUUUGGGAAACAAUGUAGCCUCGUUAAUCAUUUAAUGAAAUAAACAACUAA